AUGCCCAUGGCUUUCUCCGUGAUCAGAUCAAGCCGUGGCCUAAUUAGGCCACUUGAGCAGACACCAUCCGGCAUUCUUAAUCUCUCGGUCAUUGACAAAUUGCCUGUCCUAAGAUGCAAUGCUCGAACGCUACAUGUGUAUCGCCACGGUCCUGCAGCUGCACAAGUGAUCAAAGAAGCCUUGUCCAAGGCACUGGUUCCCUAUUACCCUCUUGCAGGAUGGCUUAAAGACUCCAGUCCGGGUCAGCUUCAAAUUGAAUGUUCUGCACAAGGUGUAUGGUUCGUUGAGGCAUCGGCUAAUUGUACUCUCGAUGCUGUUAGUUACUUCGAUAAUAUCAUGUCUAUCCCCUAUGAUGAACUGCUUCCUGAUUAUGUUCCAGAAACUGAAGGGACAGAACCUCUUGUGCAAAUGCAGGUUACUCAAUUUGAAUGUGGGGGUUUUGUGAUUGGACUCAUAUUCUGCCAUAGUAUCUGUGAUGGCCUUGGUGCUGCACAAUUCCUAAACGCUCUUGGGGAGAUUGCUAGAGGUCUCGAGCAUCCAAGCAUUACACCAGUGUGGUGUAGAGACUUUUUUCCGCCGCCUCCACCCCAACAAGAAAAGGUCAAUACUUUGCCAAUACUACCAGCACCAAUGCCCCAUUACAGGCUACAGCAUGCUAACAUAGACAUUUCACUCGAUCAAAUUCAACUGGUAAAGACAGAAUUUCAUGAGUCAACUGGUCAAAUCUGCUCCACAUUUGAAGCCUUCGCUGCCACAUUUUGGAAAUUUCGAACUCUAGCCGUAAACUUUGAGCAAAAUACUGAGGUCAAGCUUGUUUUCUUCGCAAAUUGUCGUCAGCUCUUGGACCCUCCGUUGCCUAGAGGAUUCUAUGGUAACUGUUUCUUCCCAGUGACAAUCACAACUUCAAGUGAGUCACUGGCACAAGCAUCAAAUGUUGAGGUGAUAAGACUCAUACAAGAAGCAAAGGGUAGUUUACCGACGGAAUUUUCCAAGUAUAUGAAGGGCGACUAUUUGAAAAAUGGAGAGGACCCGUUUGCACCACCUCUAAACUACACCACGCUGUUUAUAUCAGAAUGGGGCAGAUUAGGAUUCAAUCAGGUGGAUUAUGGAUGGGGUCCUCCAGUUCACAUUGUUCCAAUUCAAGGGUCUAGCAUUAUUCCUGUUGGCAUUGUAGGUUCAUUGCCGUUGCCUCAGAAAGGCAUCCGGUUGAUGACAUGGUGUGUCGAAGAGGUCCAUCGCCAACCCUUCAUAGAUCAAAUGAUGAAAGUUAUUUGA